UGGUCAGUCCACGUUAAACGCGUGAAUUUGUCGCGAUAAUGACCAAAUUCCCUUAAUCUUCGACGUGUUUGUCCAGCGAAACCACUCGACCCCCCCCCCCCCCCCCUCCCGUUUCUUUUAAACGUUGGACGCCACGGCUUUCACGUUGGAGCCGGCCGAGCGACUUCUUUGAAUGUCCCCUCAUUCAGCCUCCAUGGAAUACCUGACCACCAUGGCUCCGCCGGUGCCGCCUCACAAAGCCCAAAGCGGUCGGCCGGGGCAGCCUCACGACCGGCUGCUCAAGUGCGUCCUGCUCGGGGACGGAGCGGUGGGCAAGACCAGCCUGGUGGUCAGCUACACCACCAACGGAUACCCCACCAAAUACGUGCCCACCGCCUUCGACGACUUUUCCGCUGUGGUUCAGGUGGACGGAAGCCCAGUUCGACUACAGUUGUGUGACACUGCGGGACAGGACGAGUUUGACAAGCUGCGUCACUUCUGCUACAGCCGCACCGACGCCUUGCUGCUCUGCUUCAGCGUGGUGAGCCCGGCUUCCUUCCAGAACGUCUGGGAGAAAUGGGUCCCGGAAAUCGGCCGUCGUUGCCCCCUGACGCCCGUCCUCCUGGUGGGCACGCAGUGUGACCUGCGCCAGGACGUCAAGGUGCUCAUCGAGCUGGCUCGGCGAAAAGAGAGGCCCGUGGCCGAGGAGGACGCCCGCGCGCUGGCGGACAAGAUCGGCGCCGUCACCUACGUGGAGUGCUCGGCACUCACGCAAAAGAAUCUGAAGGAGGUGUUUGAUGCCGCCAUCGCCGUGGGGCUGCGCAAUUGUGAGCGCAGGCUGCGGCGGGAGAGGAAGGUGCGCAGCACGGCCGAUAAGAUGAAGAUGCUCUCCAAGUCGUGGUGGAAGAAGUAUGUGUGUGUUCAGUAGAACACGAUUACUUUCAGUGACAUGGUGGAGUGCCGCUUGGUGAUUUAUUAUUAUUAUUUUUUUUUUUCUUCCUUCUCCUUUGGGGCUUGGGGGGUUAAAAGAAAAACCGCAUGAAUGAGAGCAGCGUCCAACCAAACCACAAACGAUGCCGCUUUCGCCACACAUUGACUGCAUACUCAAAUGUGAACUGGAGUCAGAUGAUCAGCAUAUGAACUGACAGCAUAUACUGUAUAUUCAAAUAUAUCGUCUAUGCGUUGUACACUGUAAUUCAACUUGCCAAAAUCAAAACUCGUUUCAUCUUGCAUUCUCAAGAUGAAGAUGUUUGUAAAACCUCCUUUAUUGCUUUACUACCUUCAUAAUUGUUCACUAAUGAAUACCAAAUUGAGAGCAAAUGAAAGCCAAUACUUCCUGCACCUUCCUUCUCAAUCAACUUCACCAACUGAUGGAACUGUGUGUGUUCUUGAGUAUUUUUCAAAUCAAUUUCUUAAACUGGAUUUUUGUUUUUGUUUUAUUGUCACAUUAACACAUUGAGCUUGGAGAGAAUUUAGUUAUUUGCAACACAGCUGGAGAAUUGACCGCACAGUGACAAAAAAUGUAAAGCAAAUAAACCAAAUAGUCAGGCGAAUAAAUAGUCCGGUCUCCAUUGUCGCUGUCCAGUGAAAUCAUAGAGAUUUUUACUUGAGAAAAAAAUGUCAACAUUUUGUAAAGGUUUUUAAAAAUUGUAGAUGAAAAAAAGUUUGGAUUUUCAUCUGAAAAUUGUCCUUUUUGUUUUUUUAGAAAAAAAAAAAAAUUUGAUCAGUAAAAAAAGGUUUUUAUCUGAGAAAAUGUCAGAAUUGGGCAAGUUUGUAUUAUAAAUUGAAAAAAGUUGAGUCUGCUUUUUUGCUGCAAAAAUAUAUAUAUAUAUUAAGUUUAGGUCCAUAUACAAAUCAGGACAUCCACAUUUUGUGAGGCUUUCUUUUGUCUGAAUUUUGCACAUUUAUUUUGAUCAGGUAUACAACUGGUUAGCACGUCCGCCUCGCAGUUCUCAAGACCCGGGUUCAAAUCUGGCAAUCAGUUCAGGGUGUACCCCGCUUCCUGCCCCGGAGUGAGCUGGAAUAGGCUCCAGCAUAACUGUAACCCUAGUGAGGGUAAGCAGUGUAGAAAAUGGAUGGAUGCAUGUUUUGAUCAAGAAAAAGUCAUUUUGCAGAAUUUAGAUUAUUUAUUUUUUUCAAAAAUUGCAGAAAACAAUUAAUCCAGCGAAUUCUCUAUUUUUAUUCAAAAAAGCAUGUACUGAUUUGAUUCAAACAAAAAGUCAAAAAUGUUUAUUUAUUUAAUUUGUUUCAUCUGUAAAAUAAGAAAGUGGUGGCAAUAUACUGGAAUUGAAAUGUGCAUCUCAAAUUUAUUUGACCUGAAAACCUUGUAUUGAGGUUCUGAUUUUUAGAAAAGAAAAAAUUUGGAUCCACAAAAUUACAAUGUUAAACAUUUUGGCCUAAAUAUGAAGAACUUACAAUUUAUUUUUUGGUAACAAAAAAAUAAUAAACAUACAUUUAAUUAGAUGGUUUUUUUUAAAUUUGUUUAAUACCUUACAAAAAAGCUGCAGCCAUAUACUGCAGGUGAAAGUGUGCCUGUUUCAUUUAAUGACUAACUAAAGUUGGGUGGUGCCACUGUCAAUUGCACUUCAUCACACACGCAGUUCCAACACUGACUUAAGCAAAUGACAUGCAAUGAAUGGCCUUUGGACCAGUUGUGUUCAGACUCAAGCGUCAGCUAUACAUUCAGUGCUUACCUCCAACUAAAUAGGGUGGUUAAAACAGUCAUGUUGGUGGCCCAGUAUAGAUCGUUAUCGGUCUUCUCGGACAUGUGACUCCUCUGUUAACCACCAACGAAACUCAUUCUAGAAUUUACUUGUAUGUUUGCUUCUUAUUUUUCAGGAGCUAGUCAUUCAUUCAUUUACGUUCUGAGUGUGUUUCUUCAUAUCUGCUCCCUCUGGGCCUACGACUGAUCAUUAACAAAGCAGAUGCAUGAAUGUGCCAUGUUAUGUAUGUUACAUAGUAUAAAUAUAUGUGUGUGUGUAUAUAUAUAUAUAUAUAUAUAUAUAUAAAUAAAUGUCCUAUAAUAUGAUGUUUGUAAUAUCA